AUGGACUACGGUAAGAAUGGAGAUCAACACCAAACUGAUAUCAAAAAGCUGAAUAAAAAUACAAUCGAACUGAACGAAACACCAAACCUACCGCCGUUCAUAAUCGAAGAGCUCCAAAGUACCAUUCUGCCAAUGUUCCAACAGUCACCAAAGGUUCGUGCACACAGUUUCUAUCCGGGUGUGCAGUCAUUAAUUGAUACAAUCGUGGAGUUUGGAUGUAAUAUUCUCGCUGCUCGAGGACUUGUCACGGUUGGUCGUUUCGUCGAAUGUUUCUCGAAUAGUCGACAUAUUCCGAUCAUGCAGUCACUCCAAGAUGGAAGCCCAGGAAUGCUGGAAUUGGAAAUGGUUACAACAACGUGGGUGGGAAAAGCCUUCGGAUUACCGAGCAAUUUCAUUUGCGGUAAGAAGUCAAAAGGUGGUGGACUUCAACUGACGACAACUACCGAAGGAAUGUUCACGGCAAUAAUGGCUGCACGUCAAAGACAACUUCGUGAAAUUAUCAUCGCUUCGGCUGAGAAAAAAGCCAAAGAAACGCCAUAUGCAAAUGAGGAAGAUUUCCUAAUUAAAAAUAUGGUUGCCUACGGAUGUACCGAGGCGCACUUAUCAUUCGAUUUCGGUUGUCGAUUAGCAAAAAUUGAAGAUAGAUUGAUCAGUCCAGAUGCAGAUGAUACAAUGAACGUUCAAGAACUGGAGCAGGAGAUCACUGUGAGUGUUACAAAAGCACAGAUGCUCAAGGAUAUUGCAAAUAAACGAACGCCAAUAUUCAUAAACGUAACGUUUGGUUCAGCACACUCGUGCUCAUUUGAUAAAAUCGAUAAGAUCAUUGAAAUUGCAAGAAAAUACAACAUCUGGGUCCAUGUGGACGCAUCGUAUGCUGGCAAUUACCUCGUUAACCCAUCAUAUCGCUCUCGAAUUCAAGGUCUUGAAAAUGCAAACUCCAUUUGCAUCAACUUGCAUAAAUGCUUAACUCAAUCGUCGCAUACAACAUUCUUCUGGACCACAGAUUUGCGACCUGUUAAAGAAUCAAUACCACUGUCGCAGAACAUGUUGAGAAUGCUUCAUUCCGAUGGGUCAUACAAUGAAAUAGCAACAACUGCGUCGAACCGUUAUAAGCCGCUGAAAACAUACUUGUGGUUGAGACUUUACGGCAUCACAGGACUUCGAGGACAGAUCGAAACGAUCACAACUAUGACAGAUCGAUUUCGAAAACAUAUGACCGAUGACGGAAGACUUGAAGAUAAAACACCAUUCCAUGAAUUCGGCUUUAUUGUCUUCAUUUGUAAGAGCACGGAAAAAGAAAAAUCAAACGAUAGAACGUAUCGUCUCUGUUGUUACAUAUUGAAAUCAGGUAAAAUGAAUGUCGUUUUGGUAGCACCUCGAUCUGUGAAUAUGAUUCGAAUGUCAAUUAAUCGAGAGCAUUUGACUGAAGAUGAAAUUGAUGAAUCUUGGAUCGUUCUCAAAAGUUUACUGGAUGACUGGCAAGCUGAAGAAAAUCGAGGAAUCAUGCUGAUUAAAUCAGAGUGUGAACGAAUAUUAUGUAAUGCGGCAAAUGCAAGUUUACUCGCACCAGUUCCCUCGUCAAUGUCAGUUGUAACACCGCGAGCUGCACUCAACCUCGCUCAGUCCCAACCGCCAGCUGCCAUUGAUCCUGAAGAAAUUACUGCAUCUUCAUUGCUGCUAACAGCAGCGCCGGAAUACUCAGUCUCGAAACAGUCACCAAAAUCAAGAGGGACGCCGAGAUCAGCUGCGCCGAGUCGUUCAGGUGAGAAACUGAAGCGACGUUCAAGCAAAGAGUCAAAGAAGGAUGAUCGAAAGACUGCUGGCAGAUCCGUUUCAGCUACUACGAUUGGGAAGGGUGAAGGAACGCCUCAACGUUCACCUGAACCUAAAAGCAAACCAGGAGAAGAUCCAAGUUUACAUUUCGAAACGAUUAAAACUGAGGUGAUGUCCGGAUGUCUACCAGGCAUGUUCAGCACUCUAAUUAUUUUCCCGAAAUUGAUCAGUCUAAGUCCCUUUUCAUCAGCCCAUGAAUCAUCACAUUCAGAGACACGUUGA